AUUUAGUACCCUAAUUUAACCAAGAUGGCGUCAAAAAGAGGAUCGUGAGCCCGAACAAUGCACUGGUUUCAACUAAACUGUAUACCGGUGACGGGCCAUCAUCACCGGAUGUACUGUGGUUGUGAGAUUUAGUGGACUGUGACGCCAUCAAAACCCUGUAUAACACAGUUCAGCAAAUUAAAGAAUAAUGACUAGAGCUCUAAGGACACAGCUGAUAUGGUGGACCUGGAUCUCAGAAAGUUGUUAUAAUGACAGAUUAUUCACAAACUGAAAGAAAAAGAACAGCACACCCGGUGGACGACAUGUCAAACCGUGGCGAUCAGACACCUGAAUCUGGAGAGUCUGACCAAAGCUGUGUCAGUGAUGUUGUGGAAGGCGAGAAUGAUUCUGAUCCUGACAGUGUUAGUUCACUAGCAGAUGAAGACCAGCUGGAAUUAGAAUUGGAAAAACAUUCAGAAUUUGACAUUAACUCUCAAUCUGCUGGACCGUUCAAUUUCAACAUUGGCUCAGACAAAAAUCAGAUUGAUGAUCAAUUCAGUUUGUUAGAAGAAUCAACAACAUACAAUAAAAUAGGUAAUAACAUUGAUGUUUUGAUGAGUGAAGAUGCUGCAAUUUACUCAAAGCAUUACUCGACGUUCGAAGGUAGACCCAAAUCUGACUGUCAAUCAGGCAGUGAGAGUCAAAGUGAGACUGGAAGUCUGUCUCACUUCCAUGGCCAGUCAGAUACCUCGGAUUACUUAGAGGACGAAUCUGACGAGGGAUCAGAGGAUGAUAUAUUAGCUAGAGAUAAAGAUGAGACGGUAAAUGACUCCAAGAUUGUAAAGGAGCAGAACGGGAAGGCUGAUGAUGAAAGGGAAGUUGUCGAUGGAAAGUUAAAGGAGAGAAAACAGGAUCCAAGAGUAGAGGACAAGGAGGACGAGACGGUGCAUGUAAAUGAGAAAAGUAAUGAGACAGAAGAUGAAACAACAAACGAGAAUACAUCAGAAUCUGACGACGUCUCUGGAACAGAUGAAGAGGCCAAGACUACAGACAUGUAUAUGGUGUUCAGAGAUGUACAACAGCAGGACUCUGGAAUUGUAUCCCCAUCAUUGCUGAUAGGAGGGCCUUCGACCGUAGCUCCGCCGUCACUGAAAGGAGGGCCUUCGACCGUAACUCCGCCGUCACUGAUAGGAGGGCCUUCGACCGUAGCUCCGCCGUCACUGAUAGGAGAGCCUUCGACCGUAAUUCCGCCGUCACUGAUAGGAGGGUCUUCGACCGUAACUCCACCAUCACUGAUAGGGGGAACUGCGGCUGUAACAUCUUCAUCGCUGAUGGAGGGACCUUCAGAUGUAACACUGUCAUCGCUGAUUGGAGGACCUUCGUCAGUAACACCGUCAUCACUGAUAGGAAGUCCUACGUCGGUAACACCAUCGUCACUGAUGGGGGGACCUUCGGCUGUAACAUUGUCGUCGCUGAUGGGAGAACCUCCAGCUGUUUCACCGUUGUCACUAAUAGGAAAACCCCAGCCUCUACCAGAUAUUUACAAUAAUGGAUGUGGUUCGGCUGAUGAACAUGUAUUGGGACAGACACCUAUGACAGUGGUUGAUAGAUACGAGAACAGCCUCAAGCCUGCGGAGGAUUCUCAAGCGAGUGUCUUGUCUGCUAUGGAGGACCGACAACAUGGCUGUAACGAAUGUGGCAAGUCUUUCCAUACAAAAAAACAGCUGAAGCGUCACCUCCGUACACACACAGGGGAGAGGCCUUACAGCUGUGGCGUGUGUAGUAAAGGGUUCCUGGAGUCGGCGAAGCUGUGGCGACAUCUAAAGACGCACACUAAUUCUGGGGUCAAACAUUUCAGGUGUGGGAUUUGUGAUAAAGGAUUUACAGAGCUGAGGAGCCAGCAGCUGCACGAGAAGCUCCACACGGGGGAGACACCGUACAGCUGUGAGGUCUGUGGUAAAGGAUUUAUUCGUGCUGGACACCUUCAGCGACACUUCAUGAUCCACACUGGCGAGAAACCGUUCAAGUGUGAAGUCUGUGGCAAAGGUUUCAAUGUGGCGGGAAACCUCCCACGACACAUGCGCACACACGCUGCUGAGAAAUUGUUCAAAUGUGAUGUGUGUGAGAAGGCAUACAGCGACCAAGAGGAUCUACAGCGACAUGUAAAGGUGCACGAGGGGAAGAAGGCAUAUAACUGUGAGACCUGUGGUAAGGGGUUUAACAAGGCUAGGUAUCUACAGUGUCAUCUGAAAAUACAUCUUGACAUUAAACCAUACAUAUGUGAUGUGUGUCAGAAAUGUUUCAGCAAGGUGGAUCAUCUGGAGAGACAUCUGACCACACACAACCCCAGUAAGAAGAGGCCUUACAAAUGUGAUGCAUGUGGGAAAAGUUUCGGAAAAAUUGACAGUCUUAAAUCGCAUCAGAGAACCCAUGCAGAGGACAAACCAUUCAAAUGUGAUAUGUGUGGAAAGGGGUUUAUAUUCUCAGGAGAUCUUCAGAUACAUACACGGACACACACAGGUGAGAAACCUUAUAAAUGUGAACUCUGUGGCAAGGAUUUCAGUCAAGCUGGGACGCUAAAACGUCACGGACGCAUACAUACGGGCGAAAAACCGUACAAAUGUGACAUCUGUGAGAAAACGUUUGCUAAAUCUGGAGAUGUGGAACGACACAUUAGAACUCACACCGGCGAGAAACCCUACACUUGUGACAUUUGUGGUAAAAAGUUCAGUCAGGCAGGAACUCUCGGCAGACAUCAGUGGAUACACACUGGGGAAAAACCAUACAAGUGCAAUGUCUGCGACAAAGGGUUUAUUAAGUCAGCAGACUUGGUCCGUCACAUGACCACACACACCGGUCAGAAAUCAUUUAAGUGUAAUGUGUGUGGAAGGGGUUUGAGUGAUCAGGUUACGUUUACUGCCCAUCUAAAGUUACAUACAGGAAAGAAACCGCACAAAUGUGAAAUAUGUGGUAAGGGGUUUAGAGAAGCUUGUACUUUACAGGUACAUCUCCGCACCCACACUGGUGAGAAACCCUACAAGUGUGACGUGUGUGGCAAAGGGUUCAAUCAGGCAGGUACCGUACAGCGACACAUGGUCAUACACACAGGGGAAAAACCCCACAAGUGUGAGUUCUGUGAACAUGCAUUCAGCAAAGUUUGGGACUUGCGACGGCAUGAAAGGACUCACACGGGUGAAAAACCAUACAAGUGUGAAAUUUGUGGUAAGGGAUUCAACCAAGCAGGCACAUUACAGAUCCACUCUCGAAUACACACAGGGGAGAAGCCAUACGAGUGUAAGAUCUGUGAGAAAGGGUUCACUGAGGCUGGCCAUCUGAGAACUCAUAUGCGGAUCCACUCCGGUGUGAAGCCAUAUACCUGUGACAUCUGUGGUAAGGGAUUCAUAGGAUCCGGCAGUCUGAAAAAACACAGAAGGAUACACACUGGAGAAAGACCCUGUAAGUGUGAGGUGUGUGGGAAAGGUUUCACUCAGACUGGAACUCUGCAGGCUCACGUCCGGACACACACAGGAGAGAAGCCUUAUGUCUGUAAGGUGUGUGGGAAGGGGUUUACGGUCAGAGGGACGUUACGGCGACACAGAUCUACGCAUACCAAGGAACAGCUGGAAUCCGCUGAGAAGUCUGACAAGGAAAGUGUUCAUCAGGGGGAUUUACAGUUGAUAUUUCUUGAAAAGGAUACUUCACUUAAAAGUAAAACAGGGAAAAUAACUCUAUCACAAGAACCUGAAGACAAAAAAGAUUCUCUAGAAUCUGAGGAAGAGGAAGACACUUUGUCAAAGGAUGCUAAAUCAGGGGAGAACACUCCAUCAGAAGAUUAAGACUUAUAGAAAGAUUUGCCUAAUUCUGAAUAUGAAAUUAUCAGUAUUAAAUCAGAACUUUAAACCAUAUACGUGUAUAUUUAAUAUAAGCAUUAUGACAAAACGGUACUGUAUUAUGGCAGCAUUCAGACAGUUUUAUAAACCAAAUUUAGAUGUUUACACUGUUACAGUUGUAUGUACAUGUAGGCCUUAUCCAGAUAGCUGUGUAGAACAGAGUGUCAUUUAACAUACAUAUAUAUAUAUAUUAGGGUUGUCAACUGUUAGCUUGGUAAUUGGUUACUUGGUUGGAAGACCACAAACUGGUUACAGAAUUCAAUAACGGAAUAACUUGACCUUAAAUUACUCCAUAGGUAGCCCCUACCCUUUACCUGGGUUAUAAACCUACCAACUUUUCACUAAUGAAUAGUUUGACACUAAGUAGGACUAGAUAAACAAUUCUUCUUCUUCAAGGUACAGUCCAUACCACUUAAGUGUAUUCUCGGACUUUGAGACCCCACACCCCAUGAUGUUAAUGUUAUUUUUUCAUUUGACAGUAACUGGCAAAUAUUUUAUACUUGUGUUGUAAUGUUGUUAUCCAUUCUGUAAGUGGACCCUUGGGUCUGUUGAAUUGGAAAUAAAUAAACUACAUGCUGCCAGUGCAAUCUAAAGCCUGGGCAACAUUUUAAAGAGGGCCAGGGGCCAGAAGGCAAAGUCGUAAUUUUUGAGAUGUAGAACUGACUUUAUCUGUGAAACGUGUGAUACACAAUGUCAUAUUUUAACAAAUAUUUGAGUCAGUGAAUCCAUAAUUGAAUUGUCAACCAAUUUAUGUUUCUCCACCAAAAUGCUACUGUGUGUGAGUUUGAGUGAGUAACAAUAUUUUGUAUCAUGUUCUGCAUUAUUCUGACUAAAGUUGAAACAUAUUUAAACUGAUAGGAGGCACAGUAGUCCAGUGGUAGGACGCCGGGCUCAUGACCCAAGGGUUGAGGGUUCGAGUCAUGUCACAGCACUGUUUUGUAUCUUUUACUCCGCUUGUUCUAGUUCAGUCAGCUGUAAAUGAGUACGUGGCUGGGCAGUGCUAAAAUUGUAGAAUGCUAGCUGUUAGCUCCAAAAUGGCAGCACCGACUGUACGUUCCCUAGGGAGUUCAGAAAGAAAUUGGCUGGUUGCAAAGGGUCUAUAACAACGGCUUUGAGACUACCUGCAAACUAGGUUGUGAUAAAGAGGUAUAUAGGAACCUCAAAUUAUGAAUUAUUAUUAUUACUUCAUUGUUAAUUUUAAUAUUUUAAUAUAUUUUCAAACGCGCCACAAGAAGCUCACAGCUUUCAAUCGGUGUCAUCACUAUAUGAACUAUAUGAACUUGAGUAAGCUAACCUGCUGAUCUGUAUCAAGUACAUAUGGAACAUAGUAUUUGGUCAAAUAAGCUAUACAUGUAUUUUUUGUCGGUAAUUGUUUAAUCAUCAUGUAGACCGAUUAGCAGAUUACUCUGUUUGAAGAUAUUUUGAGUAACCAAUUUCUAAAUUUUGUCUUGUUUGACAACCCUAAUAUAUAAAGUGUGAUAGUGAAUAGUGAAUAUUAUUCUGAAAGAGAAAUAUGUGAUGGGGAUAUAUUCAUUUGAUGUCAGGUAAUAUGUUGCAUCAUAUGUUGUUGGUAUAGUUGUAUCAUAUGAUGUCCGGAUCAAGGUGGCAUCAGUUGAUGUAACAGACAAAGGGGCAUCGUUUGAUAUAUCAGACAAAGAGGUAUAAUUUGACAUGUCAGUCAAAGGGUUAUCAUAUGAUGUAUCAGACAAAGAGGCAUCAUUUGGUGUAUCAGACAAAGGGGCAACAGUUGAUGUAUGAGACAAAGGGGUAUUGUUUGAUGUAUCAUACAGAGGGACAUCAUUUGACAUUUCAAACAAAUGGGCAUCAGUUGAUAUAUAAGACAAAGGGGUAUAAUUUGACCUAUCAGACAAAGGGGCUCCGUUUGACGUAUCAGACAAAGGAAACGUUUGACGUAUCAGACAAAGGAAACGUUUGACGUAUCAGACAAAGGAAACGUUUGACUAUCACACAAAGGAAACGUUUGACUAUCACACAAAGGAAACGUUUGACUAUUACACAAAGGAAACGUUUGAUGUUUCAGACAAAGGGGCAUCAUUUGAUGUAUCGGACAAACGAACGUCAUUUAAUGUAUCAGACAAAAAUGGUUUCAUUUGGUGUAUCAGACAAAGGGGCAUUGUUUGACGUAAGGGGCAAAGCUUUAAGCUUGAUGAGUCCCUUACUUCAUUAGCUCACCUGGUCCAAAGGACCAAGGUGAGCUUAUGCCAUACCGUGGCGUCCGUCAUCCGUCA